AAUAAAAGAUAACUCAAGACUUUUGAUUUUAGACUGGAAUGAACAAAUGAUCAAUGUAACCAGAAAGUUAGUAUCUCAACAUAACUAUUUGUGUUUCCAUAUCCACAUUUGCCCAUAAUGUUGCUCUAUUGUGGUCUUUUCAUUUUGGUUUUCUUACCUGUCUGGACUGAAUCUUCCCUAUUGGAUAAAAGACUGGCAUCAGCUCGGGAUACCACAAGAUGUGAUAAAGAUGAAGUGGCUUGCCUCGAUCAACGCCGUUGUAUACCCAAAGCUAGAGUCUGUGAUAAUCAACAAGAUUGUAUUGACAAUUCGGACGAAAUGGAAUGUGAAAAUUCUUGUCGAGGUGACGCUUUUCGGUGCAACAACGGCAAAUGUAUUCCUCGUAAAUGGAUCUGUGAUUCCUUUGAUGAUUGUGGAGAUUCAUCUGAUGAGAUUUAUCAUUGUUUGGGAAUAGAGAGACUUCCAUGUUCUCAGGAUGCGUAUCGUUGUGAGGAAGGACCUUGCAUUUCAUUGGGCCAAGUAUGUGAUGGUAAAGUCAAUUGUCCUCGAGGGGAUGAUGAAAAUCGAUGUCAAGACCACAUCAGAGAUCCAGCCAAAGAGGCAAAUGCAACUCCGCGGGAAAAUACCAUUGGUGAAUCAAAGCGACAAUCAGAUUGGUUUUUCAAACCAGAAAACACCAAGACAAGAGGAUAUUCACCAGUCAACCAUUUACCUUCACCAUCAGCAGUAUCAUCGUCUUCAUCAAUAUCAUCUUUACCCUCACAUUUAAGCAACUCCUUUGAACCAUAUGGAUCUUUAGAGCCUAAAGCAAGUCCUAAGAAACUGGAUUAUCCUCAAAAUCUCAUGUCAGACAGAGGUGUUGCAUUGACACACGAACCUCUUCAUUUGGUCGAUCCGGCAGCUGAAACACACCCAAAUAGUAACGACCAUUCAACUGUUAAUAAAGAUACCGACCAACUAAUGUGCGCCGACUAUGAAUUCAAAUGUGCAGACAAUUUGCGUUGUAUUCCUAGGAAAUCUAGGUGUGAUCAAAGGUAUGACUGUGUUGAUCAAUCAGAUGAGAAACAUUGUUCAAUCGAUCCUUGCGUAUUUGGCCUUUUCCGCUGUCAUUCGGGUAAAUGUGCCAUCUCUUCGUGGAGGUGCAAUGCAACAGACUGGACCGGUCGAAGGGUUACCGUUUUAUCCAAAGAUUUUGAAGCAUUUCUAUGAAAAAAACCAAAAAAGCAAAGUAUUAGUUCAAGAGCUUCCAAUCAAUUUAGCCAUUAAGGCUUACAAGUAAAAGGUUAACCAAGAUCAGUACUCUUUUAUACCUACAUCAAAAAUAAGAUAGCAUAUUAAUCUGGGUAAUCAUUGGCCAUCACUCAAUACUACAAUAGCUAAUCCUUAUUAAUACACUCACAAGCUAAACAAAAAGCAGCUGAAUAAAUAAGGUACAUUUAACAUGCAAAUUGUACGUCAACCGCUUUACUUUUACCUUGAAUCCAUUUUCAUCAAAAACUGUUUUCGUUGAUAAUUUUAAAAUUUAGUUAGACCAUCAAAUAAUCAAAUUGUACCUAAUUGUGAAGGUGAAAUCCUAAUGUCAAUAGCAGAAGCAAAGCAAAGGUUAAAACACUUGCACAUCAAAUUUGAUUAAACAUCUAAUUUAUAAUAAUA